ACUUAACAGUGAUCUGCAGAGGUUAUUACUGCUCUUUACUCCACCACGUUCUUCCAUUUCAAACCCUAAAUCAUAUUCUCACCAAUUUCACUCUCUCCUCCAAUUUAUCUCUCUACAACCCACAACGAACAUGGCUCUUCUCACACCAAAUUCAUCGAUCCAGAGCUGCCAUGGAGACUAGCAAAAGGCGAGAGCGGAUUUUCAAAGACUUCCAUUACCUUUUACCCGUUCCGAACUCGCUCAACACUCACCACGAUGGAUCGAUAUCAGAGGGUAGAGAAACUGAGGCCAGAGACGCCGAUUAAUGAGAAUGAGAUUUGUAUAACCACUCAGGGGAGGAUGAGGAACUACAUUAUUUAUGCUACCACUCUGUUUCAGGUUUUGUGACCAGAGAUCAGUCAUUUAGCAAUUCAAGCCUACAGUCAAGAAACUAGUCUUAGGGUUGGGCAACUUGGUUAGAUGCCAAAUUCACCCCUCAUGAAGAUUGCCUCACAAAAUAUGCAUUGUUGGGGCAUCUUCAGCAAGCUCGGUGGAAGAGGAUGCUUCUCAAACAAGCUGCCCUUCACCUCUUGCCACCUGACCUGCUGCAGCUGUCUCUUGAGUCUUCCUUCACAAGUUCUUCUAUUUUAUAAUAGGUGUAAUUGUUGCCUUGAUGCAAAUUGUUGUCAAUCUGGUUCAAGAAACAUACGAGGAUCGGAUGUCUAAGCAGCAGGUUGGGACUGGUCGUAGAGUUGAGGACCUCUAUGUAGUAGAGAGCUUGCAUCUGCCUUUGACAACCUCUCCGAUUGCCUUUUCCUCUUUUCAGUUAGAUUCUCUGUCCAGUCCUUUCUACUUGCGGCAUUCUAGAUUAAGGCAUUUGUCUGCUGACCGCUUACAGUCUUUGGCUCAAUUAGGUGGGUGUAUGAAGGGGUGAUUGAUGAUCCUUGUGGUGAGCUUUGGCGCAAAUCAUCAUUAUCUUGAGUGUAUAAAAGCUGCGCUUAAUGUGUAUCAUAGACCAAUUAAUGUGCUUGUAAGGAGGAGUGAUUUGAUCAAUGUGGAGAUGAUAAAAGAAAUAGAGGAAGGCCAAGGAGAACAUGCGCUUAGGUGAUAAGAAAUGACAAGAUUACCUUAAAUUAAACUGAGAGUAUUACUUUGAAUAGAAUCAAUUCGAGGAAAUGGAUCCAAGUUCCUUGCUAUCCCAAGUAAUUGAAAUAAAGGUAUAUUGAAUUGAGUAUCUCGUAGUAGCUGAGAUUGUUGCUGAUCUUGGUGAGAACAUGUUUGAGUGAGAAAUUGUGUCAGCAUCAGCAUGGCACUUGCACUUAGCAGGAUGUGUUCUGGUCUGUAGAAGGUGGUUGUCAUCAAUAAGUUCAUUGAUGUUUAUUUCAUGUUUCAGGUUCAAUGGCCAUUGUCCCUUGUUAUAUCAAGAAAAGCCUUAACAAAAUAUCAGCUAAUAUUCCGCUUCCUAUUUCAUUAUAAGCACGUGGAUCUCCAACUUUGUGGGGCAUGGCAAAUACAUCAAGGUGUGUGUGCUGUUAACACAAAAGGAACUGCAAUCUCUCGGUCAUCUUUGCUGUGUCGUAGUUUGCUUAAGUUUAUUAAUAGCCUUCUACACUAUCUAAAAUUUGAGGUUCUUGAACCCAACUGGCAUGUGAUGCAUAACAGACUACAAACUGCAAAGAGCAUAGAUGAUGUUAUUGAAUUCUGUAAUUUUUUCCUUGAGAAGUGUAUAAGGGAAUGCUUGCUUCUUUUGCCCGAAGUUCUUAAGAAUGUGCAUCACUGUCGAGCAUUCCUCGUGGUAAAUGGUAUUGUAAGUAUUGCCAGAACAUGUUCCAAAGGGAGAAGUUUGUGGAGCAUAAUGCUAAUGCUAGCUGGAAGAGUUUCAGGAGUUGAUCUUAUUGAACGGAUAACCAAGCGUUGCAUUCGAAUUGUCAAAAAUCCAGAAGAUGCUGAGGUCAUUGCAUGUGUUUUGUGCAGAUUGAGAUAUUGUUGGGGAAGACUGAGAAGUUUGAUGAAUUGAUGGCAGCUACUGCUGCAGAAAGAGAACUUAGAGAAGGUGAAGAGCAGAGUUGAAGUGGUACUAUUUUAGUUUCUGGGUUGUUGGUCUUGAUGUAGCACGAGUGAAUGCAAUUUUAACCAGUUUCUUUAAUUAUAGUAGUUUUAGAUAAUCUCUUAAUAGUUGUCGAUAUAUUUAUAAAGUUAGAUAUGUAUAAUUUUGGAUGGUUUAAACUUUGUGUACAGUUUAGAACUUAAGGAUAUGGUUUUCGAAUGUUUGUAAUGUAUAGACAAUUGUUGAAUGUUUAUAAUA